AUGAUCAACAUAUCUGCGAUUGUUGAGGCGAUUCAAAUUUUGUCGAGACUGGGUGCAAUUAGCACUCAAGACCUUAUACCAUACCGAACCACGUUGGAACAAACCUUGCGAAUUAUAGAGAAAACACUAGACACUAUUCCGAGCGAGGCUCCACGGUCGGAAACCAGUCUCCAACAUUCUUCCCAGCAGCCUACACCAACAACUUCCAUUACUUGCUCGGAAACACCUCCUAGCAGUGGGACGUCCUGCGCUACCCAAUCGUCUGUGGAAGAGACCGGUGAAAACAAUGACACGACCGAGGAAGCAUCAGAAGCCUUGGAUGCUCAAAGGCUUAUGGAUGCGCUUCACGGUGCCCGUCGAUCUGAAAAGGUUUUCAAGUAUUUAUCAUCUCAUCGCGAUCCACAUGCGCAGAACGGUGACGAUUGGGUGCAAGAGGACCCUCGUGUGGUCGAUAUCCGACUUUGUAACCGGGGCUGCUCAUUGGAUGCGUGUUUCCGACGCGGACUUGGACAAAGGUCCCUCGCAAUAGAGUUCGAUAAAUGGGAACGUGAAGUCUUCGGAACAUCACCAGUGUCAGGGCGUUCUCUAGAUCCGGAGGCAAUUGACGAUAACAGUGGGCUAAUCAACAGGUUCCUGGCACAAAACGCUAUUUCAUUCAAAAACAAAGAAUCGGCAUCUCAUGGUAUUAGAGACGGCAUUCGUUUGCUCGUUUUCGAACGGAUAUAUGGUCACGUUGGGGUGUCAGCCAUUCUGAUAUUAUUGUUCACCUUGUUUCGCGACGUCAAAUAUGGAAGUUUCGUGGCUCUGAAACAUCUGCUUCGGAAAUCUGGUGCCUGGCAUGAUCUGGCAAAGGACAAAUCUUCAUGGUUGACUGCCUGUCAAAUUCGAUAUGAUGUUUUUGAGCAUGAAAGUGGAGUCUUGGAACUCCGCACCAGAUAUGACAUGGAUCAAGUUCCACCAAAUUUCAAUCAAUGUGACUAUGAAACGAUCCGGGGACUCAGCCAAGAUGAGACCUUGGAUAUGAAUCUCGGCGCCCAGUUUGACACUGGCCGCAUUCCUCCUGCAUUCAACCAAUUUGACUACGGGACGAUCCCCUCGGUCAGCCAGGAUGAGACGGUGGAUAUGGAUCUCGGCGCCCAGUUUGACACUGGCCGCAUUCCUCCUGCAUUCAACCAAUUUGACUACGGGACGAUCCCCUCGGUCAGCCAGGAUGAGACGGUGGAUAUGGAGCUCGGCGCCCAGUUUGAUACUGGCCACCCUCCAGUGUUCAAUCCCAGCUAUGGAACUACUUCAUCGACUACCCAGAACGAAGGCCAAUCUGAGGGCCUCCGCAAUUACGACAAUAAUUUUCCAUAUCGCGAACGCCCUAUGCUUUCCGUGUUUUGA